CUUAUUCUCACCACUAACAACCUCUCCCAAACCAAACCCAUACUGGAGAAAACUAAGAGGGACUAUAAUUCCCACUUGAGACCCUUCUAACAGAUUCAUUUGAAAAGCAUUUAGUCUUAACCAGAGAAGAAAGGCGUUCUGGCCAGCACAUGGUUUCAGCAAAACGAAGAACUGAACAGGCUCCUGUUGGCAAAAGCCCCUCAAAUUCAGUGGUGGCUAGAGCUGCUUUUGACCCUCACUCUGUACAGUGACCACGUACCCUGGCCUUCGCUUGCUGGAUGGAAUGCAUGGCUAACGUGCAUGUAAUUUCAACUUUCCUAAAAAUUUCGGCAAGUUUGAUUAUGGGAAGAUGAAAGGAGGCUCAGCAAUUACAGUGUUUGGGGAAAGGAUAGAGCCUGUUAAAUAUUUUAAGGAGGAUUCGAGCCGGCUACAGCUGACUUAGAGACAACGUGGAAACUUCUGUUCUCAAGCCAUAAGAUGACUAGGGGCGUGGUGGUGCCUGCCAACACUGUGACAAACGAGGACUUGGCACAGAUCCGUUGAGCAAGCAGUGCCUGUGUGGCUGCCGUUCCCAAGGUUUACAUCUCCUGACGUCGUGUCCAGAGUUCCUGGUGUUUGCAGAGUUCAUAAACCAUGUGUUUACAGGAACUUAAAAUAGCUACGUAACAUCCUCAAGACCUAAGAAAAAGAUCAAAGGGUCAGAGAUGGAGCCUUGGGUUCCCCAGAGGCCAUCUCAGCCACAAGGGAGGCCCAUGGUACCAUCGAUGGACACAAACCGUGGGCUUCAGAGUGGACAUUAUAGACACCGUCCUCACCCUCAGUACAGUGGAGAUAAAUACCACCAAUGGCAAGAAGCCCACAGGAACUCAAAGCCACAGCAGGACCCCAGGACGCAGGACCCAAGGGCGCAGGACCUCAGGGCUGACCACCAGGAGGCCCACUAUGUACCCAGGCCUGGGGAAUGGUCUCAACCUGUGUCUGGAGUGGACUACUUGGGAGGACCUUAUCCUACUCAGUUAUACUCAAGGUCGGGCUAUGAGGACCCCUAUCAGAGGUACCACACUCCAACACCGAGGGAAGAGUAUGUUUAUGGAAAUUAUUACUACCAUAGGCAUCCACAGCUACUGCAAGAAGAAAGAGUGGCAAGGCAAGGGAGUCCUUACAUCUGGAAUGAAGAUUCUGGUGAUCAAAAGUAUUUCAACGAGCGUCAUCGUGAAAAGCGCAACAGUCCCUAUGGGACAAAUAGUGAGACUCCAUUCCAGCUUACCAGCAAGAAUCCCUAUGAAGACAGCCUCGCUUCUGUCUCUGGACAGCAACAGCCUGGGGAGUUCUUUCCAGAGAGUGAGGCCCAGAAACAAAAGCCAUCACUGACUGGCAGGUCCAACCUUCUCCAACAUCAGGAGUCUGGCCUCAGCUCGAGCAGCUAUGAGCUCAGUCAGUACAUGGCAGAUGUCCCCGAAUAUGAACCCAUGGGAUCAGAGACUUGGAGACCUAUUCAGGCUGAUGAUGCCUCAGCAGCCGUUCCCAAGGCACCCAUGAAGUUUUAUGUUCCCCACGUGUCUGUGAGUUUUGGGCCAGGAGGCCAGCUAGUUUGGGUGUCCCCCAACUCUCCUGCUGAUGGACAAACAGCCCUGGUUGAAGUACACAGCAUGGAGGUUAUCCUUAAUGAUUCUGAGGAUCAAGAGGAGAUGAGAGGUUUCCCAGGACCCCUCAUCAGGGAGGACAUACACAAGGUGGAUAUCAUGACGUUUUGCCAGAAGAAAGCAGCCCAGUGUCUCAAAUCUGAGACACCAGGGAGCAGGGACUCGGCUCUACUUUGGCACCUGCUGGUUCUCCUUUGUCGACAGAAUGGGUCCAUGGUGGGGUCUGAUGUUGCUGAGCUGCUGAUGCAAGACUGCAAGAAGCUGGAGAAGUACAAGAGGCAGCCUCCAGUGGCCAACCUCAUCAGUCUGACAGACGAGGACUGGCCGGUGUUGAACUCUGGGACUCGUAACCUGCUCACGGGGGAGAUUCCCCCCAGUGUGGAGACACCAGCACAGAUUGUGGAAAAAUUCACCAAGUUGCUCUACUAUGGAAGGAAGAAGGAGGCCUUGGAAUGGGCUAUGAAGAACCACUUGUGGGGCCAUGCUCUGUUCCUAGCCAGUAAGAUGGACCCAAGGACCUACAACUGGGUCAUGAGUGGCUUCACCAGCACGCUGGCACUUAACGACCCCCUGCAGACCCUCUUCCAGCUCAUGUCGGGAAGGAUUCCACAAGCAGCCACGUGCUGUGGAGACAAGCAGUGGGGAGACUGGCGGCCCCACUUGGCUGUGAUCCUGUCAAAUCAGGCUGGGGACACCGAAUUGUACCAGCGAGCCAUUGUCAGCAUGGCGGAUACCCUGGCUGGGAAAGGGCUUGUGGAGGCGUCUCACUUCUGCUAUCUCACGGCUCACGUGCCCUUUGGCCACUACACAGUGAAGACAGACCACCUGGCCUUGCUGGGCAGUAGCCAUAGUCAAGAGUUUCUGAAGUUUGCAACAACCGAGGCUAUCCAGAGGACAGAAAUCUUCGAGUACUGCCAGAUGCUGGGCCACCCCAAAUCCUUCAUCCCUUCUUUCCAGGUGUAUAAGCUCCUUUAUGCUUCCCGGCUGGCAGAUUAUGGCCUGGCAUCCCAGGCCCUGCAUUACUGUGAAGCCAUUGGGGAGGCCGUCCUGAGCCAGGGAGGGAGCAGUCACCCUGUGCUAUUAGCAGAGCUCAUCAAGCUUGCAGAGAAACUGAAGCUGUCAGACCCUCUGGUUCUAGAAAGACGCCCUGGGGACAGGGACCUGGAACCAGAUUGGCUAGUGCAACUGCGGAGGCAGCACAAGGAACUGGAGCAAAGUAAAGCAGGAGACCUUGGAGACCUCAGUUCUACUAAUUCACAUAUUUAUGGAGCCAGAGGAACAACAGACACUUCCUACCAGGAUCUUCCAGGAUAUCAAAGCUACGCGGGAGACCCUGGGUACAGCUCAGUCCCAUGGCCGAUGCCUGAGCAGACGGGCCUGACCCAGACCAUCCCACAGCAGCCUUUGCCCCCGCAGCGAGAUCCCUACUCAGAGAGAGAAGGCUUGGGGUACAUAGGGACCCCGGUGCCUCUUUAUUCGGUUCCUGCAACCCACUUGUCAGUGACCAGUGGCGACGGCAGCAACAACAGCGUGGCAGUGACAGGGGCUCCUGGAGCAAGGGCUGGGGAGGAAAUGCUGCGGAUACAUCCUUCCCUUGGGGAGAACACAGCCCCUCAAGAACCCCUACAAGAUCCCGAUGGUCUAGAAGUCGUUUCUAGUCCUCAGGCACCACCAGCUCCCAGAGCUCAAAGGUUUUCUGAGGGUUCCACAGUUUCAGCCAAGGAAGAAGAGGGGGGAUCUUCGGAUGGGGCAGACGAGUCAUCUCACCACGAUACUUCACAGAGAGGAAAGCCAGGGGAUGGGAAAGCGGCUACAAAGAGCUCUGGAUUUGGCUGGUUCAGUUGGUUUCGAUCAAAGCCUGCCAACAGCGCGUCCCCCUCUGGAGAUGAAGACUCCUCGGGCAGCUCUGACUCAGAGCAGGAGUCUCCUGGCACAUCACCUCCUCACCGUCCUGGCCUGGGUCUCUCACCAACACCUCCACUUGAGUCCCCAUCUCUCUCAGAUGCCAGCACCUCCUCCAGAGGCAUAGGUGGGAGCAAUCCACUUGGAUCUUUGAACAGCAGUGGGAUAGCUGAAGUCACUGGGAUUGGAGGCUUCUCAGGGCCACAGGGUGUUUCUUCUGAGUUCUACUCCCCGCCAGGUGCUCUGCCUCCUCCACCCACCUUGCAAGGUGCUGUUCCUCUCUACAAUCCAUCCCAGGUCCCUCAGCUUUCUACAGCUACUAACCUGAACCGGCCAAAUCGCCUAGCCCAGCGCCGCUACCCAACCCAACCAUGCUGAGAGUGAGCAUUUGUUCCAGGCUUGUGAGAAUGACCACUCACCCAUCCAGGCCUCAUCUCCUGGAGCACCUUUGCUUCCAGUGCUCUCCACCUCUCAGUGCCCUGCUCACCUCAUGUUCAGGGAUUCACCGUGAACCACAGAACGAGGGCUACCUGAUGUUAAAGGGCAGGAUCUCCCUAGACACAACUUGGUCUAGUCUUCAGCUUAGCUUUAAAGGGAUGGGAAUUAUUUCAUCGUAUGGAGGAGCAGGGGAUAAUGUCCUCACUUGAUUGUGACGGCAGCAGCACUUGGGGUGGGAGCUUGAGAACCUCAGGAAAAUGAGGGUCCUGAGAAUCCUAUGACAAGAACCAAAGUGACACUACUGGGCUAUGCAGCAGGGACUUGGAGCAACAUCCCAGAAUAGCUUGGACUCCUUCCUUCGACUUGCUUAAAGACCAGUUUAUGGCUCUUGUUAGCAAAGUUUUUACAUUGAAUUUGAUUAUUGCUGCCCUUCAGUGAUUCCUUUUUCAAUGACAUUUCAGCAAUUUUCCUCCUGGUCCCAGUUUUGAGCACAUUUUCUAUGUGGUUCAGACUAAUUAUAUUUCUCUCACUUUCUUAGCUGGUCCUAUUUUUUCCCAUUCUGACAUCUGGCUAUCAAGUUAGAUUGCUGUAGGCAUCAUAUUGUCAUGGUAACUACUGAAGCUAAUGAUGCAGAUGGAUGGAACAUCAGUAUAAUAAAUAAUGGAAAACGUUUCCUAAAAACGUCAUCCUUUCCACAAUACCUGCCUUCCUACCUCAGGACUUUGCAAAUGGAUGUUCUGAGGGUCACUGGGGCCCGACGGAGGAGGGAGAGAUCUUGGAAAUUUCCAUUUUUUCCCUUUCAAACCUCAAAUAGGAAUGAUUCUUGCUGUUUGUCAGAUUUGCUUCAAAUUGCUCCUCACAAAGAACAUUUUUUUGUACGUGUAAUUGUACAUAAAAGUUUUGUACUUUAAUGUACCAUGGUUCCGAUGUUGAUAGCGAUUAAAUCCAGAUAAUUUUAUAGCAAAUUCUUGUCUCUGGCUGGUUUCUGCAGAGGGAGAAAAUACAUUGAUGGUCUCUUCCCUGAAGUCUUUCUAAUAAUGGUCCCAUUGUGUGAUCAGGUGUGAAUAGCUAGAAAGAGCCCUUUGUUAAUGGAGAAUCAAAGACUGGUCCUCUUAACUUCCAGGUCUACUCUAAUGCUAUCAUUUUUUUCUCCAAGUUAAGAAGCAGGAACAAAAGCUCCUCUAACCAACUAGUCACUUCGCCGGAUGAAUGUGGCAUAUUCUGUUCCUUAUUUUUUCCAUCUUAGAUGAAAUUAGAAACCAUGUACAUAAUUUUUUUUGUACCUGGAAAACCCUCACAAUGUGCAGCUUUCCUUUCUUCCUAAGACUCCUGCAUCCUAGCUUUGGUAUGUUGGCACCUAGCUGCAGUACCCUAGCAGCUGGGUGUGAGUAUCCCAGGCACCAAGCUGUUGAGACUCGAACCCUGCCCAUGCACAGUUCACCUUGUAACCAUGGACAAGGUUGCUUCAUUGUCCUGUGUUUCAGUUUUCUCAUUUAUAAAAUUAUGGUAAUGAUAAUAAUACUUACCUUACAGGGAAAGAGCUGGAGUUAAAAGAAUGAAGGUCCUGGGAAUGUAGAUGGUU